CAAUUCGCAAACAAUCUUCAGCUGCGUAGAGUAUUUAUAAUUUUAAUUUGUAGGGAUUUUAAUCUAAGCUUCGAGUAGAAAAUGGCAGAUUCACCCUCUGGUCCACGCGUCAAGCGACAACGCAUUGACAAAACUGGCAGAUUUGCUGCGCUGGAACGCUUAAGAGGCUUGAAAGGAACCAAAAACAAAUGCCAUGUUGAGGAAAGCGUCGACGAUGUGUAUGAAGUGGUCGACGAACGGGAGUAUGCCAAGCGUGCCGGCGAGAAAUACGGCGGAGAUUGGAUUGAAGACGACGGAACUGGCUACGCAGAAGAUGGGCGAGAUUUCUUUGAAGAUGAAGACGAGUACUCCGACGAGGGAGAGGAACAGAGCAACAAUAACAAAAAGAAGAAAGGUGUCGCUGCUAAGAAAAGGCCGCGUGACAGCGACAAACCCGCCAAGGGAAAGGCUUCCAUACGCAAUCUCUUCAGCAACGCAGUUCCAAAAAAAGUUGAUGUAAAGAACAGCGUGAAGGAUGAUGAUGUGUUGGCCGAUCUGCUAGGCGAAAUGAAGGAGGAGCCAAAGGACGAGACAGCCAAGGAACAAAAGGUUAUAGCUCCAGCUAAAAUUGUGGCUGCUACUCGAAAGUCGGAUGCUGCUGCCGCCAAGGCGUAUAUGAAUAGUUUCCUGAGCAACAUCAAAGAGCAGGAGCAGCAGCGUAAGAAGGCGGAAGCGAGCAGCGACGAUGAGAUGCUGGAGCGCAUUUUGCAGCCAAAGGUAACCAACAAGAAAGCAACAACAAUAACGGCAGCCAAAAUAAAGGAGGAAAAGUUGCAAGAAACCGCCGAAGAGCUAAAAAGUAACGCGGACGAAGCCAUGCCAGAGGUAUGCGACAACGAGUUGGAUUUCAGUUGCUUAGAUGACGAUGAGAAUCAAUUUGAGGUGACAACCCCAAAGACUAAGACAUUUAAGGCCGAGCCCCAAACGCCAAUUGCGACUGCGAAGCCUGAAACUGAGGAUAUGAGCAAACUGCUCAGUAACUGGGAGUCCAUUUGCCAAAUGGACGAUGACUUUGAGAAGUCAGUGCUGGCGAGCGAAGCGGCAGAAUCGUCUACAGCUGCUAUAGAUCCAGCGAACGUGGAGCACCUGCGCUUCUGGUACUGGGAGGCCUGGGAAGAUGCACAGAAGCUGCCAGGUGAAGUGUUUCUCUUCGGACGUACAGCUGAUGGCAAGUCCAUCUGUGUGCGUGUGCAAAACAUCAAUCGGGUGCUGUAUCUGCUACCCCGACAGUAUUUGCUAGAUCCCAUCACAAAGGAGCCCACAAAGCAGAAGGUCACUGUUGCCGAUAUGUACAAGGAGUUCGAUACCCAAAUAGCCGCCGAACUUAAACUGGAAACGUUUCGCUCCCGUAAGGUUAGCAAGAACUUUGCCAACCAUGCGAUUGGCAUCGAUGUGCCGCAGACUUGCGACUACCUGGAAGUCCAUUACGAUGGCAAGAAGAUGGCGCCGAAUGUGCUCGCCAAGAAAUACGAUUCCAUAGCGCAUAUCUUCGGAACCACCACCAAUGCCCUGGAGCGUUUCCUGCUUGAGCGCAAGAUCAAGGGGCCCUGCUGGCUGCAGAUCAGCGGCUUCAAUGUGAAUCCCGCACCCAUUAGCUGGUGCAAGACCGAUCUGACUGUUGCCGAGCCCAAGAACGUUGAGGUGCUGUUGGAGCAAGGGAAAGCAACGCCUCCGCCGGCCAUCACCUUGCUGGCGCUCAAUGUGCGCACCUCGAUGAACCCGAAGACGCUCAAGAACGAGAUCUGCAUGAUCUCGAUGCUCACUCACAAUCGCUUUCACAUUGAUAAACCGGCGCCACAGCCCGCCUUUAAUCGCCACAUGUGCGCUUUAACACGACCCGCCGUCUCCAGCUGGCCCUUUGAUUUGAAUCUGCAGUUGAGCAAAUACAAGUCCACGAAGAUCUACAAACAUGACACGGAGCGUGCGCUGCUCAGCUGGUUUUUGGCGCAGUACCAGCAGAUAGAUGCCGAUCUGAUUGUCACCUUUGAUGCGUUGGACUGUCAGCUGAAUGUGAUUACGGAUCAGAUCGUCGCCUUGAAGAUUCCGCAAUGGUCUCGCAUGGGUCGCUUGCGUUUUACGCAAUCGUUUGGCAAGCGCCUUCUGGAUCACUUUGUGGGUCGCAUGGUCUGCGAUGUGAAGCGUUCGGCAGAGGAGUGCAUACGGGCCAGAUCUUAUGAUCUGCAGACCCUCUGCCAGCAGGUGCUCAAGCUGCAGGAGUCUGAGCGUAUGGAUGUGAAUGCUGAUGAUCUGCUAGAGAUGUAUGAGAAGGGCGAGAACAUCACCAAACUCAUCUCGCUAACUAUGCAGGAUGCCUCGUACAUGCUGCGCCUAAUGUGCGAGCUGAACAUCAUGCCACUGGCUCUGCAGAUCACUAACAUUUGUGGCAACACCAUGACUCGCACGCUGCAAGGCGGUCGCUCCGAGCGCAAUGAGUAUCUGCUGUUGCACGCCUUCCACGAGAAGAACUACAUUGUGCCCGACAAGCAGCCACCUCGACGCGGCGCAACUGCCGCUGCUAAUGCUACUGCCUCAGGUGACCCUGAUGCCACUGGUAAUGAGACGACAACUGGAGCAGCUGGCGCGGCCCGUAAAAAGGCUGCCUACGCAGGUGGCUUGGUGCUAGAACCAAUGCGUGGUCUCUAUGAGAAAUACGUGCUGCUCAUGGACUUUAACUCGCUCUACCCCAGCAUAAUACAGGAGUACAAUAUUUGCUUUACGACGGUGCAUCAGCCUUAUGCAGCAGAUGCCGAGCAGCUGCCUGCGCUGCCAGAUUCCAGCGUUGAGCCUGGCAUCCUGCCGCAGCAGUUGCGUCGCCUCGUGGAGUCACGUCGCGAGGUGAAGAAACUGAUGGCAGUGCCCGACUUGUCGCCCGAUCUGCAUAUGCAGUAUCACAUUCGUCAGAUGGCGCUCAAGUUGACUGCGAACUCGAUGUACGGUUGCCUGGGAUUCGCGCAUUCGCGUUUCUUUGCACAGCAUCUGGCUGCACUGGUGACGCACAAGGGUCGCGAGAUUCUCGUCAAUACGCAGCAGUUGGUGCAGAAGCUCAAUUACGAUGUGGUCUAUGGAGACACGGACUCCCUCAUGAUUAACACGAACAUCACGGACUAUGAUCAAGUCUACAAGAUAGGGCAUAUGAUCAAGCAGAGCGUGAACAAGCUAUACAAGCAGCUGGAACUGGACAUCGAUGGAGUUUUUGCCUGUCUGCUGCUCCUCAAGAAAAAGAAAUAUGCUGCAGUCAAGCUGAGCAAGAAUGCCAAAGGAGUGCUACGACGUGAGCAGGAGCACAAGGGCUUGGACAUUGUGCGUCGCGAUUGGUCACAACUGGCUGUCAUGGUGGGCAAGGCGGCACUCGACGAAGUGCUCUCCGAGAAACCGCUGGAAGAUAAACUGGAUGCUGUGCAUGCGCAGCUUGGACGCAUUAAAAAUCAAAUUGCCGAGUCGGCUGUGCCACUGCCACUCUAUGUGAUCACCAAGCAACUGACGCGAGCGCCACAGGAAUAUGCGAACAGCUCGUCGCUGCCCCAUGUGCAAGUUGCGCUGCGCAUGAAUCGCGAGCGCAAUCGUCGCUAUAAGAAGGGCGACAUGGUGGACUAUGUGAUCUGCGUGGAUGGCAGCACAAAUGCCGCCAUGCAACGUGCCUACCAUUUGGACGAGCUGAAGGGCAGCGAGACACUGAAGCUGGACACCAACUACUAUCUGGCCCACCAAAUACAUCCCGUGGUCACGCGCAUGGUCGAGGUGCUGGAGGGCACCGAUGCGAGUCGCGUUGCCGAGUGCUUGGGCAUGGAUGCCAGCAAGUAUAGGCAAAAUGCUCAGCGAUCUCAGCAGGAGCGCACUGAGGAAGCCGAGGGCGAGUCCCUGCAGAAGACAACACUGCAACUGUAUAGGCUAUGCGAACCUUUCCGAUUCAAGUGCGUCGGCUGCCAGACGGAGCAGUUGAUGGCGAGUGCUUAUCGACCGGGCUCGAGCAGCAGCCACGUGGCCGUGCUGCAGCAGUGCGUCAAUGCGGAGUGCCAAACAUCGCCGCUGCAGUAUCUGGUUAGCAUACGCAAUCAACUGCAGCUGACUAUGCGCAGCUAUGUGCAACGCUUCUACCGGAAUUGGCUGGUGUGCGAUCAUCCCGAUUGCAACUACAACACGAGGAGCUAUUCGAUACGCCUCGAAAUGCGGCGACCACGUUGUCUCAAGUGCAACAGCGGCUCCAUGUUGCGGCAGUACUCGGAGCGUGAUCUCUACAAUCAGCUGUGCUACUUGCGCUUCAUGUUCGAUCUGAGCAAGCAGCAACUGCAUCAGAAACCCACUUUAACACCUGAACUGGAACAAGCCUAUCAGCUGUUGUUCGACACCGUAGAACAGCAAUUGCAAAAUUCCGGAUAUGUGGUCAUAUCUCUGGGCAAUAUAUUUGCGCGCAGCCUGGCGCUGUCGUCACUUCAGCAGCCCAAGAAGGAAGUGCGGGAUGACUUGGUCGCCAGCAGUCUAACCGAUGUUUAGAUUUUGUGCACAAUCUGCCUCUUUUAUUCGACAUUGAAGAAUAGUUUGUAGUUUGGUUAAAUAUAGUUUAUAUACAUAUCGAGUCUUU